CAUUUAUUUUUCACUGUUCUCAUACAUCUUCUUCCCUUCACUCAUCAUUAUUCCCCAUAUAUCUCUAAAUCCAUUUCUAGAGAUUUUUCUCUUUUUUUUUUUCUGAAUACCAUUAACUUUUUGACACGAAGAGAGCAAACUCUUUCAUGGGAAAUUACAAGUUUCGGUUAUCAGACAUGAUACCCAAUGUCUGGUUUUACAAGCUGAAAGACAUGGCCAACAGCAACAGAACCAGAAACCAUAGCAGCAACAGCAACAACAACAACAGGAAAAAACAAAACCCUGUAUCACCCUCUUCGAAAACAAAGCAACCCCACCAUUUUUAUCCAAGAAAAUCGUAUUAUUUCACAAGAGAACUUAUCCCAGCUGAUAAUAGAUUCUAUGCUUCUCCUACAAAAACCAAAUCCAUUGAUCCCCAUAUUUUCCCGGACCCACCUAGAAAAUCUUCCAAACAACAACGAUCUAAGAAACUAAACACCAAGCUUGUUGUUGCUUCAUCUCUUCCACCUUCUUCUGACGAUAGCACUUUGAAACAUGAAUUCAGAGCUGAUUGUAUUCUCACAACUGAAUCAUUCGAUAACAUGGUUUCAUGGUCCCAUAAUAAACUCCCUCCGAUCAUAACCAAGGCGGCUAAAGAACCAACCAAGUAUCGGACAAGUUCAGUCUCCGUCAAGGUCGUCAAACAAGACAAGAAGAACAUUAGAGUGAACUCUCCUGGUGUAAGGCUUAGAGUGAAUUCUCCAAGAAUCGCAAGCAGAAGGAUUCAAGCAGCUCAAGGUCGGAAAAGUGUGUCGUCGAGUUCAAGCUCGAGUCUUUCCGGUAGCUGUGCGGUGGUGAAGUCAUCGUGUGAUCCACAAAGAGACUUUAGGGAAUCGAUGGUGGAAAUGAUUAUGGAGAACAACAUAAGGGCAUCAAAGGACUUAGAAGAUUUACUUGCUUGUUACCUUUCACUCAAUUCUGAUGAAUACCAUGAUGUCAUCAUCAAGGUUUUUAAGCAAAUCUGGUUUGAUUUAAGUAAUGUAAGGAUGAACUAAUUAUACUUAUGAAAAAAAUAUAGAUUUUUUUUUUA